AUGCUCUUCUCUCAAGCUAUCCUUCCACUCUCACUACUCGCUACCGCUCAUGCCAGUGCCAUUCCUAUCCGGAAUUCUGAGGCACAAUCACCAAAGCUCAAAUGGGGCCCUUGUAGUUUCAAUGGCACUCUCCCUAUAGAAUGCAGCACGCUGGACGUUCCACUGGACUAUACGGACAAGGACUCGACGGCGACCCUUAGUCUUGACCUUAUCAAAGUUGCUGCCGUGAACACACCAUCCAAAGGAAGUAUUUUAUUCAAUUUCGGUGGUCCAGGCGGGGAUGGCUUGAACAAUUUGGCUUCAAGUGCGGCCUUGCUGCAACCGAUGACCGGUGGAUACCAUGACAUGAUAAGCUUUGACCCACGAGGAACUGGCAACACCCUCAACUUCUCUUGCUAUGAUAGCGCCAUUGAAAGAACAGUGAGUCAGUUGAGUCUUCACCAGGAGCUGGUCAAUGCUUCCAAUACAGCCUUGGGAAGACUAUGGACAUCCGGGAAGGUUUUCUCGGACACCUGCCUUGAUCGUAUGAGGGAGAAUGCCACUCUUGUCGGUACGGCAUUCGUGGCGAGAGACAUGAUGCAGAUUGUUGAUGCCCUUGGCGAAGAUGGAAAGUUGAGAUAUUGGGGUAUUUCCUACGGAACCGUUUUGGGUGCAACAGUCGCCUCUUUGUUCCCAGAUCGCAUGGACAAGGUAAUCUUGGAUGGGGUGCAGAACCCUCAUGAAUACUACCAUGGAUUAGAUUUUGAGAUGUUCACCGACAGCGGAAAGGUGUUUGAGGGCUUUUUGUCCGGCUGUGUGGAUUCGCCCGACAACUGCCCCUUGGCUCGUGGAAACGCAACUGCUGCUAGCCUCGGUAGAACCAUGUCCGAUUUCUUCGAAACCCUCAAAUACAACCCUAUUCAAAUUGGCCAAUCUAUUCUCGACUUCUCCACCAUCAAAAACCAGAUCUUCUCCACCCUCUACUGGCCCGGUCAAUGGCCUCAGCUCGCCGCUCUGCUUGAUGGUCUAAUGACUGGGAACCUGACAGACAGUGCUGACGGUUCCGAGGGCUCCUCGGAAUCUGCUCCAGGAUUUGCCGAAGCGUUGGCUGGCAUCAAAUGUGGCGACAAGUCUACACGGGCCUCAAGUCUAUCCGACGUCACCCCUCUUAUCAACCAAAACUUGCAAUCCAUAAAGUGGUUCGGGGAUCUCGCAUCCACCGCGGCGAUGCAAUGUAUUCGCUGGGGAGGCGAGGCUAAAGAGCGAUAUGGUGGCAACUUCCGGGUGAAAACCAGCCAUCCAGUUUUAGUGAUCGGCAAUACCUAUGAUCCUUCCACACCUCUCGUGUCCGCUCGGAAUGUCAGCGCAGGACUAGAAGGCAGUGUUCUUUUACAGCAGAAUAGCUACGGGCACACGUCCAUCGCGCAACCAUCGAACUGCACAAUCGGUCAUAUCCAGCAGUACUUUUUGAAUGGCACACUGCCCAGCCCAGGAACUGUCUGCGAACCUAACUACCCACUGUUCCACAAGGCAUGA